AUGGGCACCCAACGCAAGUCUCUUUGGGAGUCCGCCAAAGCGAAAUUGGACGAAGAAGACCAGAACUUCCUCGCCUUCGACGGCCAGGAUCGGUUGGAGGUCCUUGAUAAACUCGGCGAAACUGCUCACGCAGCCCACGAAGAAUGUGUGCGCAAGAAGUGGCAGAUCAAAAUUCCCGGGAAACGAGGUGAAAAGAUCAUUGUUCGAGAUCUGCUGAGCAAGGUUGUCCACUGGCUCAAGGUCUUCAAAGAGGUCGGAGAUCAGGUUAUUCAGUACGAUCCGGGGCAUGUUGCUUUGCCGUGGGCUGGUAUCCGGUUUCUAUUGCAGGUCAACCUGUAG